UGACGGUCACAUCACGUCUACAAGAUACUAGUAGGGAAAUGGAGUACAAUGUCAACCCCAGUUGAUAUUUUUCUAUCUUCAACAGUUGAAUUACCUCUGUUUCUUGUGCGCACCAAAAUGUUGCGACUAUAGCAUUAAACGACUUUUAAUUUUUUUCUAUACAUCUGGUCCUAACUAGGUUACGUUGCAGUAUGGCGAUCUGAGAACAGCGUUAAAUUUGAGUAUUUCAUGCUAACACGCUAACCUGAGCGUCCAGGCUUAGCUACAGUUAUUAUGUGGAACAUGCAACCAUGCACGUGUCUUCAAGUGUUAUUUCCAGUCCUGUAGUAAACUAGGCUACCUAUUUAAUUGUUUACGGUUGUGGCUGGAUGCAGUGUUGCCAUGUCGCUCCCAGCCCUACAGAACACAAGUGUCUUUUACCGAAGAAUUGUUUCACAGUUUCCUCAGGACAUAAGCCUCGCGUUUGCUUAUGGAUCCGGUGUUUUUAAACAAUCUGGAACUACCCAAGGACAAAUGGGGAAAAACAUGCUGGACUUCGUGUUUGCUGUGGAUGACCCAGUCACUUGGCACACAAUGAAUCUGUUGCAAAAUCGGAAACAUUACUCUUUCCUUAAAUACCUUGGGCCAAAACAGAUUAGCAGUAUUCAGAAUGAUCACGGAGCUGGGAUUUACUACAACACUUUAGUUCCAAGCAAUGGAAAGAUGAUUAAGUAUGGUGUCAUUAGCACAGAUUCCCUGAUUGACGACUUACUGCACUGGAAGACCUUGUAUGUGGCUGGCAGACUUCAAAAACCGGUCAAGAUCCUCCUUCAGAGUGAGGAUGGAAAGCUUCGUGCCGCCCUUGUGGGAAACCUGAAAAGUGCGGUUACGGCUUCCUUCCUCAUGCUUCCAGAGAGCUGCUCAGAGGAAGACCUUUUCGUCCAGAUUGCAGGACUCUCCUACUCUGGUGAUUUCAGGAUGGUAAUCGGUGAAGACAAAUCUAAAGUUUUAAACAUUGUCAAGGAAAACUUGCAACACUUUCGGAUCCUGUACAGCCACAUCCUACAGGAAUGCCCACAGGUGGUGUACAAGCCACAGCAGGGGAAGCUGGAGGUGGACAAAAGCCCCGAGGGGCAGUUCACCCAGCUGAUGGCCCUGCCGCGGACGCUGCAGCAGCGGAUCACCCGCCUGGUGGACCCGCCGGGGAAGAACCGGGAUGUGGAGGAGAUCCUGCUGCAGGUGGCCCAGGACCCUGACUGUGGGCUGGUGGUGCAGCAAGGAAUAUCAUCAAUAGUGAAAUCUUCGAGCAUAUCACAGAGUGCCAAAGGCAUUGUCACUGCUGGGCUGAUGAAAACAUUCUCAUACAGUACGAAAAAGGUGUGGAAAAUGUGGAAAGGCUGGAGAAGGAAGUCACCAUGAUGCUUGAGCCACUAUGUCUGCUUUAACAAACUGCUGUAUAAAUUAGCAAUUAAAUUCCCUCUUUUCACCCUA